CCCUAUCGAGAGAGACACACACAGAGGGAGAGAGAGAGAUAUAGAUAUAGAUAGAGAGAGAGAGAGAGAGGGAGCAUGGGGGCUUGGGCGAUCACCAUCCACGGAGGCGCCGGCGUGGAUCCAAACCUACCAAUGGAGAGGCAAGAGCAAGCCAAGGCGGUGCUGGCUCGGUGUCUCGAGAUCGGCAUCAGCGCUCUCCGAUCCGGCGCGGCGGCGUUGGACGUAGCUGAGAUGGUGGUCAGAGAACUCGAAACCGAUCCGAUCUUCAACUCCGGCCGUGGAUCCGCGCUCACAGCGCUCGGCACCGUCGAGAUGGAGGCCAGCAUCAUGGAUGGCCGUGGCCGCCGCUGCGGCGCUGUCUCAGGUCUCUCCACCGUCAAGAACCCCGUCUCUCUCGCUCGCCUUGUGAUGGAUAAGUCCCCCCACUCCUACCUCGCCUUCUCCGGCGCCGAAGACUUCGCUCGAUCACAGGGUGUGGAAACAAUAGACAACAGCUACUUCAUCACUGACGAAAAUGUCGGCAUGCUUAAGCUGGCAAAAGAAGCUAACAGUAUCAUGUUUGACUACAGAGUCCCAAUUGACAACAACACCAACAACACAUGCGGUGCAAUCGCAGGAUCCAUAGUAAACAACACAAUAGACAACACAACCACCAUCCAAAUGAACGGACUUCCCAUCAGCAUCUACGCACCAGAGACCGUCGGCUGCGCCGUGGUGGACACCGAAGGCAACACCGCCGCCGCCACCUCCACCGGCGGUCUCAUGAACAAAAUGUCCGGCCGCAUUGGCGAUUCCCCUCUCAUCGGUGCCGGCACCUACGCCUGCAACCUAUGUGCGGUCUCCUGCACCGGUGAAGGUGAAGCCAUUAUCCGUGCCACGCUGGCACGUGACGUGGCUGCCCUUAUGGAGUACAAGGGACUUGGGUUGCAGGAAGCUGUGGAUUAUGUUAUCAAUGAGAGGUUGGAUGAAGGUAAGGCUGGCCUCAUUGCUGUUUCUAAUGCAGGUGAAGUUGCUUAUGGGUUUAAUACUGUUGGGAUGUUUAGGGGUUCUGCUACUCAGAAUGGUUUCAUGGAGGUGGCUAUUUGGGAGUGAGCUACUUGUUCUAGUACCACCUCUCUCUCUCUCUCUCUCUCUCUCUAUAUAUAUAUAUAUAUAUAUAUAUAUAUAUAUCUGUAUCAGUAUUUGUGUGUGUGUGAUGUAUUUGGGGGUGCCUGGUGUUGAGGUUAUUUACUCUCUCUCUUCUUGGGGUGAUGAUGAAUUAGGGCAUUGGAAAUCCAAUAUUUUCUGUAUGAAAUUGUGUUUUAAAAAUUAAUCACCUCUCAAAGUUUGAA